UAAAACACUAUUUAAUGCUUACCUAAAAGUCUUUUUGUUGAAAGGAAUGCUUACCUAAAAGUCUAUGCAUUAAACUUUCUAAUCAUUAUUCUUGGAGGUAAAACAAAGUGAGACCAAUUUUUUUGUUUUUGUUUUUGGGUCAACAAUAUUUCAUUGAAGAAACAAGUGUUGAGAUGAACAUAGUAGAAAGUGUUUUGUUAGGAGCAAUUUUGGUGAUUUUGGUCCAUAUUUUGAAUAUCUUGAUAUUGAGGCCUAAAUCACUUAGAGCAAAGCUUCAAAGGCAGGGAAUCAAAGGUCCUUCUCCUCACUUCUACUUUGGCAACAUUCCUGAAAUGAAGACCCUUUUACUCCAAACUCAAUCCACACAAACACAUGACAAAAACAAAUAUCAUGUUCCUACAUCCAUUUCUCAUAAUUGGCAUUUCAAUGUGUUUCCUCACAUUCACAAGUGGAAAAAUCAAUAUGGUCCCAUAUACUUGUUUUCUUCUGGGAGUAUACAAUGGUUAAUGGUGACAGAUACAGAUAUGGUGAAGGAAAUUGUCCUUAACACCUCUUUGAAUCUAGGAAAGCCAUCUUUUUUGUCCAAAGAUAAUGGACCACUCCUUGGACAAGGCAUUUUAUCAUCAAGUGGGAUAUUUUGGGCUCAUCAAAGAAAGAUAAUUGCCCCUCAAUUGUACCUAGAUAAAAUGAAGGCAAAGGUGAAUAUGAUAGUUGACUCCACAAAUAUAAUGCUAAGAUCAUGGGAGAGUAAAUUGGAAAAAUAUGGAGUAGUUUCAGAGAUUAAAAUUGAUGAAGAUCUAAGAAGUUUAUCGGCAGACAUAAUUGCAAGAGCAUGUUUUGGUAGCAACUAUGUUGAAGGAAGAGAGAUAUUCACAAAGCUUAGAGAACUUCAAAAACUCAUUUCCAAGAUAUAUGCUGGAAUUCCUGGUUUUAGAUUUUUGCCAAACAAAAGCAAUAGACAAAUGUGGAGAUUAGAGAAAGAGAUAAACUCAAAGAUAUCAAAGCUCAUAAAACAACGCCAAAGUGAUGCUCAUGAUGAGCACGAUCUCUUGCAAAUGAUACUUGAUAGUGCAAAUAAAUGUGAGGGUGGUGAUAGUAAUUUCUUACCAAAUUCUAUCUCACGAGAAAGAUUCAUGAUAGAUAAUUGUAAAAAUAUAUUCUUUGCUGGACAUGAGACAACUGCAAUUACAACAACAUGGUGCUUAAUGUUGUUGGCUACAAAUCAAGAUUGGCAAGAUCGUGUUCGUGUUGAGGUCUUUCAAGUUUGUGCAAAUGGUAAUAUGGAUGCAACUAUACUUAAAAGCAUGAAAACGUUAACUAUGGUGAUUCAAGAGACUUUGAGACUUUAUCCACCAUCAUCGUUGAUUGUUAGAACAGCUUUACAAGAUAUUAAUUUUAAAGGUAUCUUAGUUCCAAAAGGAAUGAACAUUCAAAUUCCAAUGCCAAUAUUGCAUCAAGACUCAAAGCUUUGGGGGCAUGAUGCACAUAAGUUCAAUCCACAAAGAUUUGCAAAUGGAGUGAAUAGAGCAUGCAAGGUUCCACAAGUGUAUAUGCCAUUUGGAAUAGGGCCACGUGUAUGUGUAGGACAACAUUUAGCUAUGUUAGAAUUGAAAGUGAUUUUGUCUCUCAUUUUGUUGAAGUUUCGAUUCUCUUUAUCAUCAAGUUAUUGUCAUUCACCUUCUUUCCAUAUGCUUAUAGAACCUGCUCAUGGAGUUCUUCUUCAUAUGACAAAAAUUUAAGCAACAAUUAAUGUAACAAAAAGGAUUCUUUUCCAUUGUUUUGGUUUA